GAGGUAGAGGGAGAGAGAGUGCAGUAGCGGGUGGAGGACGCAGAAGGCUGAGCUGGGCUGGUUUGGAGCAGAGCUGAGCUGAGGGCAGAAGGUUUAUCCUUAUAUGUAGAAACUGCUUCUAGGGGUCAGGCUUUAGAUCUCAACAGCUGGAGCAGAACUGAGCCAAACUGCAGCAGAAACCAAGAAAUAUCAAGCCUUUAAUAUUUUAUUUGUUUGUGACCUCUCUCACUCCAGUUAAAAAAGAAAAGAAGAUAACCAGUUCUAAAGGAAGAAAUAAAAGAUCACAAUUUUAUACUAGCACUGGGAGGCCGUUCUGCAGGAGGAAGUUUAGUAAAUUCAGGAAAAAGAAGACAGGCCUGCAGCUCCAUCUGCAGUAACAUAAACACUAAGCCCGGCUUCAAAACAGAACCAUAAAUUAGCCUCAGUCCCACACCAUGUCUCGCUGGGGCCGGAAAAAUGUGAAGAAGGCCCCGGAGGUGAUCCGUACGGUCACAGAGGGCCUGAAGUCGCUCUAUCAAAAGAAGCUUUUACCAAUCGAGGAAUAUUAUGGUUUCCAAGACUUCCACUCGUCCACUUUGGAGGAGGCAGACUUCGAUAACAAGCCGAUGGUUCUGGUGGUCGGACAAUACUCCACUGGAAAGACCACCUUCAUCAAAUACCUGCUGGAGCAAGAUGUGCCUGGAAGCCGUGUGGGACCCGAACCCACUACAGACUCCUUUACUGCCAUCAUGCAUGGAGAAGUGGAGGGCCUAAUCCCUGGAAAUGCUCUGAUUGUCGACCCCAACAAGCCUUUCCGCCAACUUCACCCAUUCGGAAACACUUUCCUCAACAGAUUUCAGUGUGCACAGCUUCCCAACCAGGUUCUGGAGAGCAUCAGUAUCAUCGACACGCCCGGCAUCCUGUCCGGAGCCAAGCAGAGAGUCAGCCGAGGUGAGACCAGCACUAAAGGCUAUGACUUCCCGGCCGUCCUGCGUUGGUUCGCUGAGCGUGUGGACCGGAUCAUCCUCCUGUUUGAUGCUCACAAGCUGGAGAUUUCCGAUGAGUUUUCAGAGGCCAUAGGAGCUCUGAGGGGCAACGAGGACAAGCUGCGGGUGGUGUUGAACAAGGCCGACAUGGUGGGGACCCAACAGCUGAUGAGGGUAUAUGGGGCACUCAUGUGGUCUCUGGGGAAGGUUUUUGGCACCCCUGAGGUUCUGAGGGUGUAUAUUGGAUCGUUCUGGUCUGAGCCUCUUAUGGUUCCAGAUAACAGGAAGUUGUUUGAGCUGGAAGAGGAAGAUCUGUUUGCUGACAUUCAGAACCUGCCGCGUAAUGCCGCUCUACGCAAACUGAACGACCUGGUGAAGAGAGCUCGGCUCGUCAGGGUCCACGCUCACAUCAUCAGUUAUCUGAAGCAAGAGAUGCCAUCCGUCUUCAGGAAGGACAAUAAAAAGAAGAACCUUAUCUACCAGCUGCCUGUCAUCUUCUCCAAGAUCCAGCUGCAGCACCACAUUUCCCCUGGAGAUUUCCCUGACUGCGCCAAGAUGCAGGAACAGCUCGUGGGUCAUGACUUCUCCAAGUUCAAAUCCCUGAAGCCGAACAUGAUGGCUAUGCUGGAUGAGCUGCUGUCAACCGACAUCGCCAAGCUAAUGCCUCUCCUCAGGCAGGAGGAGCUGGAGGCGGGGGUCCAACCCGGAGUCCAAGGAGGAGCGUUCCUGGGCACCCGUGCUGGGCCCUUCGUGGAGGGUGACCCUUUCGGCGAGAAAUGCGAGGAAGACGGCGAGAAUGCCGAGGCUGAAGAGGAUUGGGUCGUGACAAAGGACAAGCCAAAGUAUGACGAGAUUUUCUACAACUUAGCCCCCAACGAGGGCAAGCUGAGCGGCACCAAAGCCAAAGACUGGAUGGUCAGCACACGGCUUCCCAACUCUGUGUUGGGCCGCAUCUGGAAGCUGUCCGACGUGGACCGGGAUGGCAUGCUGGAUGAUGAGGAGUUCGCCCUCGCCAGUCACCUGAUUGAGGUGAAGCUGGAGGGGCACGGCCUGCCACCCGAGCUACCUGCUCGCCUGGUGCCCCCCUCCAAGCGCAGACAAAAAGGAUCUGAUGCCUAGACAAUAUCAGUUGCACAUCCAUGAGGGUUACUAAAUGAUCAUAAUGAGACUUCUCAUAAUAUACUGAGAUGAAAAGUUACCAAACAAACACUGAGAAUCUUCACCUUUUAUUAAACUGUCUCCUGUUUCGGCUCGAACAUCACCCAAAUCUUUAAUCAGCCGAAAUCCCAGAGUGCAUGCCCUGUGCCUGUGCUAUGCCCAUGCUAUGCCAUUCUUUGGCAUAUUCACUGCAUUUAAAGAAACUGUGCUCUGUUGGGCACUCUGGCACCGUGCUGGUCCGAAAUUUUUAUCAGAGAAGAUUUUUAUUUAGUGAAACAGUGAAAAAUAAUUCAGCUCACAGGAGAGUGGCAGGCCUUGCAGUCUGAUUGCAGGCAUGCACCGCACUGCCGCUCCCAGUUUAUCUUCUGCUGUAAAAUGUAAAUGAGAUCAACGGCUAAUUCGAAUAACAAAUUAGAGUUUAAAAAUGAGGAGCUUUUUCACGCUUACAGAAAUAACCCAGCCUGCUGCAGAUAUCUUACAGAGGAAUUAUAAGAAAUAGUAAAAAGAAAAAACUAUUCAAAUGUGAAAUGUAGUCAUGUGAUGGAAAGUUUGUUUCUAAACAAGUUUGUAACUUUUAUGUCUUUUUGUCUUUCCUCACAUGAACUCCUGCCAUUUCAAGUGAAAGAAAUCUGUCUUUCUGUACUCUGUCAUUUCUCUUUUUGUUCCUUUAUUUGUAUUGUUUUUAUAUUGAAUUGAGUUCAUUACAUUAAAGAAAUGAAUGUUCCACGUAUGUAAAUUUAGAUUCAAUGUUGAAGAAUGUAAUGACGAGGAUCUCACUGACUACUACACUGCUUUACCACAGCUUUUAUAUUAACCAUCAUUAAAACACCAAAUAAAAUAUUUUCAGCACACGUGUUUA